UCAACUGCGUCAUGUAAGACUAAAUUUGUUCGCCUUGUAGUGACAUUUUUAAAUAUGUUUGCAGGUAUUUCUGGAAAUCAGCCCUCUCCUCAAGCCAUGAGGCCAGAGUUGUUUGAGGAAGUGAAGCUGUACAAGAAUGCUCGUGAGAGGGAAACAUAUGACAACAUGGCAGAUCUAUUUUCUAUCAUCAACACUUUACAAUGUUUGGAGAAAGCUUACAUCAGAGAUGUAGUGACACCAAGAGAAUACACUGCUGCAUGUUCUAAAUUACUGGUUCAAUACAAGGCUGCCUUCAAGCUUGUGCAGUCAGCUGAUUAUCCUACAGUAGAGGCUUUCAUGAAAAAAUUUAGGCUGGAUUGUCCUGCUGCUCUGGAGAGAAUAAAAGAGGGCAGACCCAUCACUAUCAAGGAUGAUAAAGGAAAUACCAGUAAAGCCAUUGCAGACACAGUUUCACUCUUUAUAACAAUCAUGGACAAGCUCAGAUUACAGAUCAGAGCCAUGGAUGAGAUUCAUCCAGAUCUGAGAGACUUAAUGGAUACUAUGAACAGCCUUAGUGCACUCCCUGAGGAUUUUGAGGGAAAAGUCAAAGUGAAUGGGUGGUAUGAAACACUGAGCAGUAUGAAAGCAAGUGAUGAACUUACUGAUGAACAAGUGCGACAGAUGUUGUUUGAUUUAGAACAGGCAUAUAAUGCAUUCAACAGAUCUCUGCAGCAUACCUAGGUGGAGUGGAGUUAGUUAUAUUCACAGUGCUAAAAAUCUGUUAAGAUCUUAUGACACAUGUUAACAUCUUUGCAAUCACCGGAUAUAUCUUUGUCUUGUUAACAGUCUUAUCCCUAAACAUGAAUGGUAGUCUUCAAGAUUUUUUCAGGAAAUUCAAAUUUAACUGUGAUGUAGCACAAUCUAGAUGUGAUCUUAUACACUUCAUUCAGGCCUCUAUUAAACUGCAAAGAAAAUCUCCUUGUAGUUUUGAGGAAAUUAAAUAUGAUAUGUAAAUAAA